AUGGAGGGACCAUCAUGGCAAGUUGUGUAUAAGCGGAUACAGGAGGUAUACGAGGCUUUUGUCCUCAACUUAGGUUCUCAGACUCGCUCCCUAACAACUGACUCCCUAACAACUAACUCCCUUACGACUAACUCCCAAACAACUAACUCGCUAACAACUAACUCCCUAACAACUGACUCCCUAACAACUGACUCCCUAACAACUAGCUCCCUAACAACUGACUCCCUAACAACUAACUCCAUAACAACUAACUCCCUAACAACUAGCUCUCUAACAACUGACUCCCUAACAACUAACUCCCUAACAACUGACUCCCUAACAACUAACUCCCUAACAACUGACUCCCUAACAACUAGCUCCCUAACAACUAACUGCCUAACAACUGACUCCCUAACAACUAACUCCCUAACAACUGACUCCCUAACAACUGACUCCCUAACAACUAACUCCCUAACAACUGACUCCCUAACAACUAACUCCCUAACAACUGACUCCCUAACAACUAACUCCCUAACAACUAACUCCCUAACAACUGACUCCUUAACAACUAACUCCCUAACAACUGACUCCCUAACAACUAGCUCCCUAACAACUGACUCCCUAACAACUAACUCCCUAACGACUAACUCCCAAACAACUAACUCGCUAACAACUAGCUCUCUAACAACUGACUCCCUAACAACUAACUGCCUAACAACUGACUCCCUAACAACUAACUCCCUAACAACUGACUCCCUAACAACUGACUCCCUAACAACCAACUCCCUGACAACUAACUCCUUAACAACUGACUCCCUAACAACUGACUCCCUAACAACUAACUCCCUAACAACUGACUCCCUAAAAACUAGCUCCCUAACAACUGACUCUCUAACAACCAACUCCCUAACAACUAACUCCUUAACAACUGACUCCCUAACAACUGACUCCCUAACAACUGACUCCCUAAAAACUAGCUCCCUAACAACUGACUCCCUAACAACUAACUCCCUAACAACUGACUCCCUAACAACUGACUCCCUAAAAACUAGCUCCCUAACAACUAACUCCCUAACAACUGACUCCCUAACAACUAACUCCCUAACAACUAACUCCCUAACAACUGACUCCCUAACAACUAACUCCCUAACAACUGACUCCCUAACAACUAACUCCCUAACAACUGACUCCCUAACAACUAACUCCCUAACAACUAACUCCCUAACAACUGACUCCCUAACAACUAGCUCCCUAACAACUGACUCCCUAACAACCAACUCCCUAACAACUAACUCCCUAACAACUGACUCCCUAACAACCAACUCACUAGCCUGA